AGGCCGCGCAGGGAUUGACGGACGAGGACGCACCGCGACCAGACGCAAAGCGUCCUAUGUCGUCGCGGGACAAGAGAGCGAUUGUCCUGCUCAUCGUUCUUUACCUCUGUCAAGGAUUUCCUUUAGGACUGGCUUUAGGGUCCCUACCAUUCCUUCUACGAGAACAUUUGUCCUACUCGCAACUAGCUAUUUUCUCGUUGUCGAGUUAUCCUUAUUCUCUCAAGUUGCUCUGGUCGCCUAUAGUAGACUCCGUGUUUAUUCCUUCUGUCGGUAGACGGAAAUCCUGGAUCAUCCCAAUGCAAAUAUUGGUUGGUACCAUUAUGCUCGUGAUGUCAUUUUACGCAGACAAAAUGAUGAAGGAUCCAGCGGAGUAUAUCCACAUUCUGACUGCCGCGUUUACUGGUCUUGUCUUCUUGUCGGCGACACAAGAUAUUGCCGUUGAUGGUUGGGCACUCACUCUUUUGUCAGAAGAAAAUUUGCCCUAUGCAUCGACCUCACAAACCAUUGGCCUCAACACAGGCUACCUCAUGUCAUAUACCGUCUUCCUGGCAUUGAACAGCGAAGCAUUUGCCCAAAAAUGGGGCUUCCCUCGCCUGAGCUUGAAUAUGUACCUCUUGUUUUGUGCGAUCCUCUCGUAUGGCGUAACGGUCUGGAUCAUCUUCAAAAAAGAGGAUAAAGAGACUACAGAACACGACAUCAGCAUCAAGUCGGUAUACAUGACCAUGUGGACUAUCUGCAAAUUAAAGCAUGUACAGACACUUCUCAUCGUACACCUCUUCGCAAAAAUCGGCUUCCAGGCGCAUGAUGCUGUUACGUCGCUCAAAAUGGUCGAGAAGGGUCUUGGUCGAGAGGAUUUGGCCAUGAUUGUCCUCAUUGACUUCCCGUUCCAAAUCUUCAGUGGUUGGCUAGCGGGGAGAUGGUCCCGCGGCGACAAGCCUUUACGUCCAUGGAUUCAUGCAUAUUGGCCGCGCUUGGCACUUACCCUGGCCGCGACCUUGACCGUAUACUGGUUCCCCAAACCGCCAAUCGCGACUUGGUUCUUCGUGCUGAUCGUGAUACAGACAGUAACAUCCUCUUUUGCUUCGACAAUCCAAUUCGGAGGCAUGGCAGCGUUCCACAGCCGUAUAUCCGAUCCAGUUGUGGGAGGGACAUACAUGACUCUCUUUGCGACAUUCUCGAAUCUUGGUGGCACAUGGCCCAGAUUCUUCGUGCUCAAAGGAGUUGAUUUGUUCAGCGUCGCCAAGUGCCAGAUUGGAAACGAUCUCUCAGUACAAGCCGCUGAGUGUGUCUCUGAUCAUGGUAAAACGUCCUGCUCCGAGUUGGGAGGGAAGUGUGUUACAGAAAGUGAUGGCUACUACAUUGUCUCCGGUAUCUGCUUGGUACUGGGCGUGCUGUCAGUGCUAUUCUAUAUGAUACCCACUGCUCGGAAGCUGCAAGCCAUUCCGCCAAGCAAGUGGAGAGUUUUCGCGUAAUUGGGGUUGUAAUCAUUGUUGUUACUAUUGUUGUCACGUCGUGCAAUGCACAGGGGACGAGCUAAUACAGCAUGCAA